AUGGGCCUGAUGUGGUUUUUUGUUAAUUUAAAUGUUGCGACUCUGUUCAGUGUAUUGGUGUCGGCUGUCGAGGCCCAAUCGUCUACAUCAUCACAAUGUAUCCCGUCUCCGAUCGCCAUUGCCAUUCAAAACGUGACGGUAGCAAAUCAGCCAAAUGGUGCUAUUGUGAGAGGCCUAAAUAUUGGCGUGGGAACACCUCCACAGAAGAUAGCGUUCAUGCCUGGGUACUUCGACUCGAAAUUUCUGGCGGCAUCGCGAUUUGCUAACUUCUGGGGCAGAUUUUUUAACAAUUCGUUCGCAUACACCAACAACGAUGCUUGCAUCGUCGUUGGUAGUCAAUAUUCAGGCAAUGGAUGUAUUACAACAAGAGGGGGAGCAUAUGAGGCGAGUCAAUCCACCUCGAAUGAGCCUGGAAAUACCAGUAACUUUUCCCCUGACUCACCACGGCCAUCCCCCUCGCCCGUCGUUGAUACAUUCGCCCUGAAUAACAACACUUCCUUGUCCAACUACACAUUCGGUGUGAGCCAAGACGAUCUCGGCUACCAGCUCUAUAACCCACAGGCUUCUCUGGGGUUAGAUCGAAACUCAACGUUUCUACGAGCUCUUAAGGAUGCUGGUAAAAUUGGAUCCAGGUCAUGGUCAUUUUUCUGGGGCUUGACAGCACCGAAUAAUUCAUUAGAUGGUCAUAUUAUUGUUGGUGGAUAUGAUAAAGAAAAGAUAACAGGCAACGCUGCAAAUUACACUGGGACCAUCGAUUACGCCGCCAGUUCGGCCUGCCUGUCAGGCAUGGUCGUUGAUAUCACUAACAUAACCAUCUUAGACUUGAAUGGCACAGUGAACAGCCUGUUAUCGAACUCGAAUACAAUCCCGGCAUGUCUUCGUCCCGACUGGCCCGGCGCUCUUAAUCUCCCCUGGGAUCCUUUGUUCAAUAAAUUUGCCGAGUUAACCAAUUAUAAUUCAGCUCUUCUGGAUCUAGCAAAUAAUACAGUACGGGCCUUCGGGUCUAAUUAUUAUGACAUGAGAUACCUGUCAACCGAUAUUCCAUUUGGGGGUGACUUGGAGAUUACACUUGAAGGAGGACUUGCAAUCCGCAUCCCAAACGAUCAACUAGUGGUUCCAGAUCAAUAUCUUGACCAGAAUGGUAUUUGGCAGGACAACAGCACCGGUCCGGACCUUCUUAUCAAUGUUGAAACUGGUUCAUACCAGUUGACCUCGCUCAAUCGGUACUUCUUCUCCGCCGCCUACCUGGCAGUAAACCAGGAUGCGGGACAGUUCACCCUAUGGAAGGCGCACACCACGCCUAAUCAGAAUCUCGUCGGCCUCGAUGAAAAAAACCAAGUCGCGUCUGCGUUCUGUAGUCCUACUCCGUCUUCUAUUGCAUCUUCGUCAACACUCGCGCCUUCGCCGCAACCGAACGGCCUCUCCGGCGGCAGCAUUGCCGGAAUUGUUGUUGGUGUAAUAGGCGGUGUAGCCCUCGUCAGUGGUACCGGAUUUUUGUUCCUUCGAUAUCAGAAGAAGAAUAAGAUAAAGAAACAGCAACAUACACGGCAAGUAGCAGAUCCCUCCAGAGAAGAUAAAUCGACAACACAAACCCUCACGGAGGGUUACAAUCACCCUCAACACUAUGAAAUGCCCGUUGGAGAGCCACCAAAUAUUGCACAAUUUGAACUGGAUGCUUCACCUUCCGCAAACCGCUGA